UUCACGCUCAACUUUGGGCCGCAGCACCCGGCGGCGCACGGCGUGCUGCGGCUGGUGCUGGAGCUGCAGGGCGAGCUGGUCGCUCGCGCGGACCCGCACAUCGGGCUGCUGCACCGCGGCACCGAGAAGCUCAUCGAGUACAAAAACUACCAGCAGGCGCUU